UUCCUGCAACAAGAUGGCUGUCGUUCCAGAGAGCAGGGUUCUUACUUUCAGCGUUUUUAAAUGGAGCUCUUACUCCUCUACGUAUUUACCCGAGAAUAUUUUGGUGGACAAACCGAAUGAUCAGUCCUCCCGGUGGUCUUCGGAGAGCAACUACCCUCCACAGUUUUUAGUCUUGAAACUGGAAAGGCCGGCAAUUGUUCAAAGCAUCACCUUUGGGAAAUAUGAGAAGACACACGUCUGCAACCUGAAGAAAUUCAAAGUGUUUGGCGGGAUGAGUGAAGAAAACAUGACAGAGCUUUUGUCCAGUGGCCUUAAGAAUGACUACAACAAGGAAACGUUCACCUUAAAGCACAAGAUUGAUGAGCAGAUGUUUCCCUGCAGAUUUGUCAAAAUAGUGCCUCUGAUGUCAUGGGGUCCGAGUUUCAACUUCAGCAUCUGGUAUAUUGAGCUGCAUGGCAUCGAAGAUCCAGAUGUAGUGCAGCCUUGCCUUAACUGGUACAGCAAGUACAGGGAACAGGAAGCCAUCCGCCUUUGCCUCAAACACUUCCGUCAACAUAACUACACAGAGGCCUUCGAGUCGCUGCAGAAGAAGACUCGGAUAGCACUUGAACACCCUAUGCUUACCCACCUACACGACCGACUAGUUCUGCAAGGAGACUUCGACGCCUGUGAGGACCUUAUCGACAAAGCCGUAAGAGACGGUUUGUUUAACCAGUAUAUCAGCCAGCAGGAGUACAAGCCCAGGUGGAGUCAGAUCAUUCCCAAAUGCAACAAAGGUACAAGCGCUCAAGAAAUCACGAGGGACGACAUAAACAGUGACGGUGACGACAACAGGCCAGGGAUGAGGGGAGGACAUCAAAUGGUUAUUGACGUUCAGACUGAGACUGUAUACCUCUUCGGGGGCUGGGAUGGCACACAGGACCUUGCUGACUUCUGGGCUUACAGUGUUCAGGAAAAUCAGUGGGUCUGCAUCUCCAGGGACACCGAGAAAGAGAGCGGUCCGAGCGCUCGCUCCUGCCAUAAGAUGUGCAUUGACUCCCAGCGGCGUCAGAUCUACACUUUAGGCCGCUACCUCGACUCCAGCGUCAGGAACAGCAAAUCACUGAAAAGCGACUUCUACCGCUACGACAUCGACGUCAACACCUGGACGCUCCUCAGCGAGGACACGUCAGCGGACGGAGGGCCAAAACUGGUGUUCGACCACCAGAUGUGCAUGGACUCAGAAAAGCACAUGAUCUACACGUUUGGCGGGCGGAUACUGACAUGUAACGGCAGCGUGGAGGACAGCCGCACAUCUGAGCCCCAAUUCAGCGGCCUCUAUGCCUACCACUGCCAAGCCGGCACAUGGAGCCUCCUGCGGGAAGACUCAUGCAACGCCGGCCCAGAGGACAUCCAGUCCCGUAUUGGACACUGCAUGCUCUUCCACACUAGAAACCGCUGCCUUUAUGUGUUUGGCGGUCAGAGAUCAAAGACCUAUCUCAAUGAUUUCUUCAGCUAUGAUGUCGAUGGAGACCAUGUGGAGAUCAUAUCUGAUGGCACAAAGAAGGACUCGGGCAUGGUGCCAAUGACAGGCUUUACCCAGAGAGCCACCAUCGACCCCGAGCUCAACGAGAUCCAUGUCCUGUCGGGCCUCAGUAAAGACAAAGAUAAACGUGAGGAGAACGUUCGUAACUCCUUCUGGAUUUACGACAUCGCCCGUAACAACUGGUCUUGUGUGUACAAGAACGACCAAGCGGUGAAAGAAAACCCCAGCAAGGUCUUGCAGGAGGAGGAGCCGUGUCCGCGCUUUGCACACCAGCUGGUCUACGAUGAGAUGCACAAGGUGCAUUACUUGUUUGGCGGGAACCCAGGGAAGUCUUGCUCUCCGAAGAUGCGCCUUGAUGACUUCUGGUCACUCAAACUGUGUCGGCCCUCCAAGGAGUACCUCCUCCGCCACUGCAGAUAUCUCAUCAGGAAGUACAGGUUUGAAGAGAAAGCCCAAUCCGAGCCACUAAGCGCGCUCAAAUACUUGCAGGAUGACCUGUCGCUCACCGUGGACCACACAGACCCUGAGGAGACCAAAGAGUUCCAGCUCCUGCCCUCAGCUCUGUUCAAGUCCAGCAAUGAUUUCAUCCCUCUUGGUUUCUCCGACAUAGACCAGACAUAUGCCCAACGUACGCAGCUCUUCGACACGCUCGUCAACUUCUUCCCCGACAGCAUGACGCCACCGAAGGGCAACCUGGUGGACCUAAUCACCCUCUAGCCCCUCCCUGAACUCUUCCUCCCGCCGUCACCUCGGCCACUGGACUUGACGUAAACACACGUGCACACAAAUACACAGGAAGGAUGAGAGCGAGGCAGGCCAGGUAUUUCCUGUUUCUGAUCUCUUCCAUCUUCCAUCACUAUGAUCUGCUGCUGCCAACACUGUGUGAUUUGGACACAAGCGUGAAACUGUUUUUUUUUGUUUUGUUUUGUUUCUUCUCUCCCUGUAAAACACACAAGUACACACCACUACUGCGAACUGCCAAGCAUUGCAUUUGUUUGUUAUUUUUGUAUCUGCCCUACAGUUUAUAUCCUCACAAUCCUCCCACCCUCUACUUGCUGACCACAUGUGCCCAUCCACAUCCUGUCGAUGCAAAAGCUUUAAAGUAACGCAGUGAUUGUGAUUGUGCAAAAUACAUUUAAGUAGAACGGCACUCAAUAGAGCAAAGACCUCUGACAGGAGGUCACACACACAGAGUUUCUGCAGUCAGCGGUGUUCACUGUGGCUAUAACGAGGCAGUAGGCUUUUUAUCAACUCCUGCUGCUCGUGAGCAGGCUACUUUGUGGUUUAUGGGACUCUUCCAUUUGCUUUCUUGGACAGGGGGAACGCUUCUAUUGGACCCCAAGACCAAAUAACCAGCCGUGUUUACAUCACAAUUUGGGGUUUUUGCAUAAUCCUAGUAAAAACAUACAGUAAUGACAAUAAUACCCAUUUGUCAUACAGUCCAGUUCAUGGGUGAACUAGGCUGUCUGUCUUAUUAAGGGCCAAACAAUCCUUAGUUUAGCCCAUAUUAAAUACCAUCAUAGAUAACAACCUCCUGCAUAUACAAACAUUUCAAUUCAUGAAUUCAGUCGGAAAUGAAAGGGAAUCCUCCGUGAUAGAACAGAUAUCUAAGAUGGUAGCCAUCAUUAUUACAUAUUUUGUAACCCAUGUGUGUCAAAUAUUAGCAAAUCUAUGCCUUGGGCCCACUUACUGGCAUUGAACAAGCAAAGAGUUAAGACUCGAGCACUUAUUUGGUCACAAUAAAGCUUACAUGAGUGUUGCCCUUCGAUGAAUUGUGUAAUGUGAAUAAAAGCGAGGAAGAAUUACAAAGGCAAGCAGAUUUUAGACAAUAUCUUGUUACCCAGCAAAAAACACUUAGAGAAUUGUUUGGUGCUUUUUGAUUGCACUUGGUGUUAAGUCUGCAUUUGAUGAAGCUGUUUUGGAUUGAUCGUGCCCUUCUUUUACUAUUGACGACAUGAAAGGUGAUUCUUUUAAAAUACUAAGGACUAUCAGGGCCACGCUGAAACGGCAAAUUACUGACUUUUCACACAAAAUGACUUCUUGUAAUGUUUACACUUAACAACUGUUUUUUUGUAAUUGUACAAGUUUAUUCUCAUAAUGUUAUGACUUCAUUCACAUAAAAAGAGGACUGUCUUGUUAAAAUGACAACUUUAGGCUUUAUUGUAAAAUUACUAAUGUAUUCUUCUAACAUGUGUUUUAUUGUUAUAAGUGAAUUAUUAUAUUCAGACUUAUUCUCAUAAAAUGACAACUUUUCACUUGUGAUCUUGAUUUUAUUCUCAUAGAAAAUGUUCCCUCGUUUUCCUUGAUAAAGAGCACCCCUUUUGCUCGUGAUAUUACGAGCAGUUCUAUAUUUUCUCACUGUGGUUUUCAUAAAAGUAACGUUAAAAUAUCGCCUCGUCUCCUGAGCUGAGCGUAUCGUGGCACCCCCAACUUUAUUCUCAUAAAAUGACGUUCUCCCUGAACUUUAGGCUGUAUUGUAAAAUCACCAGUGUAUUCUUCUGACAUUAUGACAGCAACGCAAUUCUCAAAAGUAUUUAGACCUUGUUCUCUGAGAUUUUUUCCUGUGGAAUUUUGUCAUAUUUCGACUUUUUGUAAUAGUAACACAUCAUUCCUGUAAAAUUCUGGCUUUCUCAUAAUGCUUUAGACUUCUCUUAAUGUGCGGCCUUUUUUCGUCAGUACGAGUAAGUAUGACUUUAUUGUCAUAAAAUUCAGACUUUCAUAAAGGCAUUGAAAAAAUAAAACAGAAAUUCAAGCCAAGUGUUCUCAUACUAUCUUGAUUUUAUUCUCACAAAAAAAAGUUUCCUUCUUCCCUGUGCUAAAUUGCAAAUAACACCUUUUUUCUUGCAGCAUUUUGACUUUAGUCAUAUUGUUUAAACUUAACAUAAUGUAAUGGCAUAACUAUUCUGACAGGUACCACUUUAUUCUGGUAAAAUUCAGCCUCGUGUCACAAAAAUGAUUUUUCAUAAAGACCUCUCAUAAUAUUGCGACCUUUUUUCGUAACUAUGACUAACGUUCUCGUAAAAUUGUGACUUUUUUCGUCUUAUAAAAUGAAGGCAUUGUUGAAAAAUGACAUUCCUGUACAUGUAUGACUUUUUCACAACUCAAUUCUCAUAUUGUCACCUUAUCCUCAUAACAUUACACCUACAUACUUACAGUAUACACACACACACACACACACAACUUUUUCCUCAUAAUUAGAUUUUUCGUUUCUGUUCAGCGUGGCUCUAAUGCUGCUUGGUAUGAACAACUGGCUUCGGUGUAAAAAUAGCAGUUUACUGCAGUGAUGCAAGUGAUGGGAGCUGGUGAUGUGCGUCUUACAUUAACACUGGUCAUUUUUCUGCGUUUUUGUUGUUGAAACAGAGUGGGUGGUGUGUCUGGAAAAGCUAUCAGAAAUAAUAAUAAAAAUUUUAUUCAAAGCACCUUUUGUUGAAGGAAAAAAAAAGCCAAAUAUUACUGUUUUUGCAGAUGGAAUGCUAUUUUAGGGUUUCAUUUCGUCCUUAAUGUCCCAUCUCAUUCUUUGAUCUCGAGCCCUGGGUGGAACUCGGUAGCGCCGAGUCCGGUACUCUCACAUCUGCGAGCACUUCUCUAUGGAAUGUGUAGAAAGCCUUGUAGUAUUGCAUUGUAUGUAAUGUAAAUAAUGAAUAAAGAUUGUAUUUUGUUCAACUUUUCUUAUAUUCUUGACUUGAUGUGUUUAGUGCUUAGCGUGUUGUUCUCCCCGUGCGUGCGUUUUCUC